AGCUCAGAUUCGUGAAUGUAUACGUGCAAUGUUUCGCAUCGUAGUAAACUCGAAGAAACCUCCCCAAAAUGUCCGGACAAUAUUCAAACUAUUCGGCCACGAAAAACAAGUGGACUUGCUCCAGUCCUCUGCAGUGACGGUCCGUGAACCAGAAUUCCCACUCUCACUAACAGGACGACCACGUCUCACAGAACUUUCACUAAAGGGUGUAGCUAAAUACAUGAUGACAGCGGAGUGUCAGAACAUUCUAGUGUUAUCUGGACACGGGAUAUCUGCUCCUGCUGGUAUUCCUAACUAUAGGAAGCUAGGGGGUAUUGAGGCUAGGAAGCUGAUGGGUGAGAAGGGGUGGACGGAGAAGGAGGACGCCAAACAAUUGUUUGAAAAAUACCAUUUUUCUCUUCUGCCGUACGGAAUGCUUCGUUUUGUGCAGGGUUUGUGGCCUGGAAACCAUCGGCCAACGUAUGCACAUUAUUUCAUAAGAACACUUCAAGAGAAAGGGCUGUUACUUAGAAAUUGGACAGAGAACAUCGACAACUUAGAGAAGGUUUGUGGGAUCAGAUCUGAUAAGUUAAUAGAGUUCUAUGGUUCAUUCUUGACCUGGCGAUGUGAAAACAGGGCGUGUGAAACAGCAUACGACCUGCUCUGGUUGAAGGAGCGAAUGGAAAUGUUUCAAUUCCCGAACUGUUCGAAAUGUUUCCACAAAACAGCUCCUGACAUCAGGUGGUACCACGAGUGUUCCAGCUCCAUAUUCAGACAAGCUGAUGUGGAUGCUGAGAACUGUGACCUGCUCAUUGUCAUAGGAUCAGACCUUCUCACGGCCCCAUUCUGUGAGAUCCCAAAACACGUUCCAUGGGACGUGCCACGUCUCAUUAUCCACGACACAGACAUUACAAACGACACCGACGUCAUGGAUUUGAACGUAAAUUUUGAUUUUAAUUCCGAGAACGCAUACCGGGACGUGUUGUGGGAGGGCAACACAGAUCUGGGUAUUUUAUCUCUGAGCAGUUAUUUGCAGUGGGACAGGGAUGUUAAGUAUGUGAUGGAAAGUGACACUGCCCUGCUGCCCACAAGACGGGAGAUUCAGGAGAGACUGGGUAUGGUCAGAGAUGAGGAUCAGAGGAGCAAACCUCUGCCUAAACUUAGAUAACAUAACUGGGUCACGGGUGGUGACUGUUGAGCGCUUUUAUGAUCUGUAUUUUUGUAUUUUAAUGUGCUUCUAAGUUAUUGGGGAACUGCUGAGUGCUGUUUUUUUAUUGAUAUUUAUUAAUAUAGUUUCUGUCAGUUUAUAUUGGCCCUGAAAUGUUUGUGUUUUCCAAGGGCCAAUUAAAGCUGAUACUUAGAUACUACAGUAUUUGAAGAUUUCUAUCGAAAGCAGAAAAAUUUCAUUCUAGUAUUGAACAGUCCCUACUAUACUGAACACUAAUUUACUGUUUAAUGACAAAUUUGGAACAAAAUUUCAGACGGAAAUUAUCCUUCAUAUAACAUAUUUAGCAUAUGUAAUAUUGCACGAUCUAAAUCAUGAAUGUGAUAUGAUUAUUCCUAACCACAGAGAUAGCUGUACCGAUGGGCUGGGCUUUCGCUAUCCUUCAUUGGAUCGCUUUUUUUCUGGAAAUCCUCUUUGCCACAGUCUGUAUAGCGGCGGGAUUAUUCUACAUAACUGAAGUUAUAGAAGAUUACACGUCGAUCUCUAGAAGCUUUUUUAAAUGGAGUAACAUCGCAGUGGUGGGAGCUUAUCUUACUAUGUUUCUGUUCGAGGGUACAGGAACACUAAACCUAAUCCUGGGUAUUCUAACUUUUAUCAUGGCUUGGCAAGUCAUUGAACAGUUCCCUAACAUCGAGAUGGUAUCUCCUUCUUUUAUGGGUCUUAUCGUGUGUAUGAUAUUAAACCACGUGACAGCAUACUGGUUCUUCAAAGAUAGAUUCCUCUCCUUCUCACAGAUAAUUGCCUACUUCACAAUAUGUGUGUGGCUAGUUCCGAUACAGUUAAUCUUGGGCCUGGUAGCCGGAGAAAAUAUACUUCCUACUUCUUCUAAUUCUCGGGGCAGCAACUUUCUGUGAUCUCCUGCACCACCAAACUAACUAAAGAAAAAGAGCUAAAUUUAGAAAAUGAAGAUUUUUUGCUACACAGUAAAGCGAUACAACAUAUUUAACAGAUCAAGAUUUUAAGAGUUUAUGAUAAAAGACUUGAAGCUUGGUAAAAAUUUGAAAUUGUUCUUGGGUGCGAUAUUUUUAAGUCUUCUAAGUUCUUUUUUUGUUUUUUGUCUUAAAGUUUAUAUUGUUAUACCGGAUUGUAAUAUUUAUAAUUGAGAAUUUCGACCUUGUUUUGGAGAUAAAAGAUUUGUUAAUUCUCCACUUACCAAUGUUAAUGUAAUGUUCUAGGGAGAAAUGUACUAUUAAUUUAGCGGUUACUCUCCAACGAUGUAUUGGUAAUCGAUAGAUUGUCUUGUCCAAAAGUUGUGUUCGAUAUAUCCAUUUUCUGUUCGAAUGUGACGCUGGCAAUUUGUGGCUAACGGACUUCCGUGAUUGGUCUAUUUUGGAACACGCUUAGAUGUAAGUAAAAGGUAUCCCACGCAAUAAAUCGAUUAGUCGAGCCGCGCACGUACGUCCUGAUUACGUAUACGCUAGCUGACUCAAUCACAUCUAAGUCGUAUCUGUGCUAGUAAUACUCGGAAUCAGUCCAGUUUACUUUAAUCGUGUCCACUGUUUUAAAUGAAUUUUUUCGUGAUCAGUUAGUGAGUUCACUGUGGAUGGCACAAGACACGACUGAAUAAUUGGAGCAGAUCGAAUUGAAAAUCAACAAAAUGAGACAUAAAGGGAAACUUUUAAAUAUAAACUUUCCUUUGACCGAAUUAAUUGCUCCUCUGACCAAUAUGUCAGUUAACUAUGGAUGGCAUAACACAAAAUUAAGCUACUGGAAGUUAUAGCCGGCGAAAGCAGUAAAAUAUUAAAAAUCACCAAAAUGGGAUAUUUUGGAACACUUAGAUAUGAAAUUUUAAGUUCUGAAUAUUAGUUUUGACCAAAUUACUCUCUGCCGACCAAUUAGCCAGUUAAGUAUAGAUAGCAUAAGAUACAAUUUAUGUACUGAAAGUUAGAUUCCCGGAGAAAGCUUCUAAAAAUGGGAAAUCGCCAAAAUGUACUACCGUAGAAAUAGGAUGAUGAUUAAUCACUCUACACGUGACUUACUUAAUCACGUCCUCUAUAUGGCCGUGAUAGACUAUUCAAAACCUUAACACUCCACUCCAACCCCACCCAAUCCCUAACUGAAGCCUAGAUGCUAAAACCCUAACGAGAAAUCAGGCCAUGUCACGUGAUCGGGACAGUUUUUCGCUGAUAACUCACCAGGAGAGCUUCUUAACCUUAUGUCGUGUGGGGUGACUCGGAAUCAGCGUUCAAAAAUACAUCAGUUAGUAAUUUGGAAUUAUCUCGAAGUUCGAGUGUAGAGUGAUUUAGCACGCUCGGUAGAAAAUAUUCUAAUAUUAACUUUCUUGGACCAAAAUUUCACUGGGAUUUGUCUGUUAACGGUUAACCAUGCAUUGCAUGAUAACAAUUAAGGUUGAAGGUACUGGAAAUUACAUUUCUCGGAUAAAAUUUAAAAAUGGAAAAUCACAAAAAUUGAAACAUGAUUAUCAUAAUGAUUGAUUGAUUAUGGGAUUAUGUGAAACAUUCAAAUAUGAACAUUGAAUAUGAACUUUCUUGUACCGAAUUUCACAGUUUUGACUAUUCAAGCGGGUUCAAAAGAAUUCCAACGUCCAGAAUUGAGUUUCUAAUUUGUUUUUCAAUUCCUAUCACUUUUUUACCAAACCUAAUCAAUGCUAUGUUUAUAAUCUGUAAUUUUAAAAUAAUCUGUACAGUGAAAUUAAUUUGAAACUUAAACCCAUUGUAAAUUUGAUU